GUCACAUCCGGCGCGGCUCCCGGAAGCGGCGGCGCUGCCGUUGCUAUGCGGCGGGGCGGGAGGACCAGGAGAGAAAUGGCUUGGCUGCUGGUGGAUGUUCCCUGCCAGUCAGAGGGGACUGGCUGAUGUUUGAACCAUACCUGCUCCUUCUCUCUGCUGCUCAUCUCCCAAAAUGGGGAGGAUCAGCAUCUCCUGUCUGCUUCCUGCUUCUUGGCAUUUCAGCCUCUCUCCAGUGGGGUGUCCCAGGGUUCUCAACACCACUUUGAGGCAGGUGGUGGUGAUGGGAAUUGUGGCUGCUGCUGUUUCCCUGCUCUACUACUCCCUGGUGGUCAUCAGCAAAAAGUAUGGACGUGCUUCCAGGGACAAGAGAUUCCACAGAUAUCUUGCCAGGGUCACUGACACUGAAGCCACAGACACAAACAACCCCAACCUGAACUAUGGGAUCGUGGUGGAUUGUGGCAGCAGUGGCUCCAGGAUCUUUGUGUACUGUUGGCCAAGGCACAAUGGCAACCCCCACGACCUGCUGGACAUCAAGCAGAUGAGGGACAGAGACAGAAAGCCAGUGGUGAUGAAAAUUAAACCAGGCAUUUCAGAGUUUGCCAGCUCUCCUGAAAAGGUCAGUGAUUAUAUUUCUCCACUUCUGAGCUUUGCAGCUGAACAUGUGCCACGUGCAAAACACAAAGAGACUCCUCUUUAUAUUCUGUGUACUGCAGGGAUGAGGAUUCUGCCAGAAAGCCAGCAAAAGGCAAUCCUGGAAGAUCUGCUCACUGAUAUUCCUGUGCAGUUUGAUUUCCUGUUUUCAGACUCCCAUGCAGAGGUUAUUUCAGGGAAGCAGGAAGGAGUCUAUGCCUGGAUUGGGAUCAACUUUGUGCUUGGCAGAUUUGAACAUACAGAUGAUGAGGAUGAGGCCGUGGUGGAGGUGCAGGUCCCUGGCAGUGAGCACCGAGAGGCCGUUUUCCGCAAGAGGACGGUGGGGAUUCUUGACAUGGGCGGCGUCUCCACUCAGAUCGCGUAUGAAGUCCCUAAAACUGUAAGCUUUGCCUCUUCACAGCAGGAAGAAGUAGCCAAAAACUUACUUGCAGAGUUCAACCUGGGCUGUGAUGCCCACCAGACUGAGCACGUGUACAGGGUCUACGUUGCAACCUUCCUUGGCUUUGGAGGAAAUGCAGCACGUCAGAGAUAUGAGGAGAGCUUGUUCUCCAGCACAGUGCUGAAAAACAGACUGCUGGGCACACAGACUGGUCUGACUGUGGAUUCCCCCUGCCUGGACCCUUGCCUGCCCCUGGAUGCUCAGGAUGAGAUCCAGCAGAGUGGCCAGACCCUCUACCUGCGGGGCACAGGAGACUUCCAGCUGUGUCGGGAGAUCAUCCAGCCCUUCAUGAACAAGACCAAUGAAACCCAAACAUCCCUCAACGGGGUCUACCAGCCUGCUCUGCACUUCCAGAACAGUGAAUUUUAUGGCUUCUCAGAGUUCUACUACUGCACGGAGGACGUGCUGCGCAUGGGGGGGGAUUACAGUGCUGCUAAAUUCACGAAAGCUGCAAAGGUAAAGGAGCUCAAGUGGGUGAUAAACCUGGUUUCAUUCCACACUACUACUCUUGAGAAGCACUCUGGGCUGUAAAGCUUCCAGGAGGACUCUUCCUGGAAAGAUCCCAAAUCCUUUGAUGCCUCAG